AAGACUAGUUUUAGUUGUUUCCUGAACCAGUACUAUUCGAUCAAUAGUUUAAGUGGUUACCGAGUGAUUUUAACGAUGGGGAUUAUCAAACUAGCCGAAUUAAUACGCAAUGAAGCGCCAGACGCCGUGUCUUACAAACUGAUAAGCGACUAUGCAGGAAAGAUCAUUGCUCUGGACAUCGCCGUUGUGCUGCAUCAGCUCCGCACUGCUGCCAUGGGACAUGGAAUCAUCCUGAGAAAGGCACAGAUUAUGCACGACUACAGCAAUCACAGCUAUGUUAUCCAGGAGGACCUAACUUUUGCCAAGUCUUCCCAAUUUGAUUUAUCCUGGAGUCAGCAGCUGAAGAAACGUGCAGAGACAGGAGGCUGGGAUCUAAAAUCCAGAGGAGUCACCAAUGAGAAGCAGGAGUGCAAACAGCUCCUGCAGCUGCUGGGUGUGCCCUUCCUGCAGGCCCCUAAUGAGGCAGAGGCUCUGUGUGCCCAGCUGGUGAAGUGUGGGCGUGUGCAUGCUGUGGCCUCAGAAGACAUGGACACCAUGCCAUUCGGAGGCCUGCUGCUGCUUCGCCAGCUGAAUGCCAAAAAGUCUGGUGAGGUUGUGGAAUAUUCCCUUCCCAAAUUGUUGGAGAUUCUGGGAUUGACUCAUGAGCAGUUUGUGGACCUGUGCAUCCUGCUGGGAUGUGACUUCUGUGAGAAGAUCCGGGGCCUGGGGCCACGCAAAGCCCUCGACCUGAUUCAGAAGCACAAGACCAUUGAGAACAUCAUCCUUCAAAUUGGCGCAGAGACUGAUCGUAUUCCAAUGUCCUGGAACUAUCAGGAAGUACGCAGCCUCUUCCUAAAUCCCGAAGUGGGGGAUCUACUGACCCACCCAUUUAACUGGACAGAGCCAGAUGAGGAAGGGCUGGUGAAGCUCUUGUGCUAUGAGAAGAACAUGAAAGAGUACCGGGUUCGGAGGCGACUGGAGAGGUUUCGCAACAACAUCCAAGAAAAAGAAAGAGACCAGCAGGAGAAAGAGGUGGAUGGUGAAAGGCAGACAUGCUUGAAUGAAUUCUACAGUGUUACACGUCGAAGACAGGCUGCUGACACUUUGGAGCAGAGCGAAAUUAAGAGGCUCAGACGGCGCAGUCCCCGGUUGUCUGGGGAGACACUGACAGAACCAGGAGCCCCAGAAAUUCCUCCCUCCCCCGAAGCCGUGGAAGAGGGGGAGCAGGAGGGGGUACCUCUGCAGAGUGGACCGGCGCCCCCACCUACCCAGUGUUGUGCUUCUCUGGUGUAAGCAACGGCUUUCUCUGCUCCAUGAAUGCUUGCGCUAUUGUUCCUGUGCUGUUAGCUUGCUGAUUCCAAGCUCCAUUCUGAACUCUCCAUCCAUUUUGCUAGCUUCUACCUUUCCUCAGCAGCUAGAUGUAGCGUUACGAGAGCACCUUUGCUUAAAAUUGACUUUCUAUCGAAGCGAAGAACAAUGUCCUGCUAUCCCCAGGAGUUUUAUUUUAGCCUGUCCUGUGUGUGUAGGACCUUGACGUUUCUUCUAUCUCUGAAUAGAAACUGUCAGGAACGAAGGAGAUCCCUGUAAACCAGUUGUUCUUGAGACCUGGCUUUUAUCUACGACUGUCUGCUUUCUGGUAGAGCACUUCAAAACCCUUUGAAACAAAUAUUCAAGAAGACAGGGAAGAUCCACUACAGCUGAAACAGUGGUCCAGUGUGAGUUUAUGACCGGCUUUUCAUGGACCUAAUAAUUACAAUUUUCUAUUGUCUUACACUUAAUGAUUUAAAGGUGCUUAAUUUUUACAUUGAAAUAACAACAUCAGUUUUGGGUACUAUUAUAGUAUUAAGAACGAGAGUCACUCAAUCAGUAGUCUACCUCAGUACGAACGUGGAGUGAUACAAAAAUCUGUUCUCGUUAUGACGUUCUCAUAUGAGACUUGUCUUGGGCCUUUUCAUAUGAAGUAACAGCUCUUUCAACAUUUUUUCAUCAAUGGCUCACCGUGUACGGUGCCUUGCAAAAACACUCAGACCCUAUCUCUGGUGCUCCUUUUUGGGAAAUUAUUAAAUGAUGCCUUCACAUUUUUUAAAACUUAAUAGUUUACUCAAAAGCCGAAUGCUCUAACUGAAUCCUUCUAAAGGUAAGAUUAGGCCCAGUAAGAAUCAGCAAAUAAUUAAAGACAGAACAAUUAAAUAUGUCGUUUACAAAGGUAUUUAGACCAAAGUCAAUAUUAGUAUUUAUCUACUUUCUCUAUAUGUACAGUGCUGAUGGAAAAAAGAAACGCAACAUUUCCUGGAAUGAGAAUACUAUAGUUAAAGCUUAUGUACUUUCACAA